CCGCCGAUCCGGCGGCGGAGGGCGGCGGCGCGGAUGAUGCGGAUCUGGCGGGGCAGCGGCUGGUGGAGUUGAAGCUGGCGAGCGGCGGCGAAUUCCACAUGGGCCCGGCGCUCGACACGCAGAUGUGGAAACCAACCGCUGACGCAAGCAGCUAUGUCGUGGGUUUCCGGCGGGAUGGCGGCUACGGCGCGGCCGCCAAUGAGGGGUUUGCAGCCCCGUACGGCAAGUGGGCGAUGCAGGCCUUCACGCGACACGACGGCGGGCGCUCCGGCGCGCUGUACGUCAGCCCCAAUGUACGGCGGCCAGCUGGCGGCGGCGGUAGCGGUACGGCGGCGGCGCCAUACGACGGUUACGACAUGACGCUCGUCCAGGAGUGGGAUGAGCAACCGCCACUCGACGUCGAACUGGUGCGGCACAACAGCCUUCACGUGGGGCCGUUGCGCGGGGAGCUGGCGGUUGUACUGCUGUACAACAGAUCGUUGAGUGAGGACGAGCUGGGGCAGUUGUACCGCGCCUAUGCGCCGCGUUUUGGUUGGCGGUUGGGGCCGCGGCCGUACCGCACGUGUGCGGCGGAGGAUGCGGCGGCGUGCGGCGCGCUGCCGUGGGAGAUGGACAUCCAGGACUCAGCCGUCACGGCGGACCGCGACCUCAUCUGCUUCAACGUGCGCCCCCGCGCCGGCACCACACCCCCGCCGCCCCCGUCCGACGCCUCAGAGCCCCCCGCCUCAGCAACCACACCCACCCCAACCCCAGUACCAGCACCCACACCCACACCAGCCCCAGCAGCAGCCACAGCCGCAGGGGCGUGCAGCCCCGCGGCUCUCGCCUCGGCUGAGGCGGCGGCGGAGCUCCGGAUCCUCUUCGGCGCCGACUUCGCCGGCCCCUUUGAGGACAUGGUGCGGCCCGGGUUCGUGCUGGUCAACGGCCGCAGGUGGCCCUUCGACUGGAUCCGUGUACGGCAUCCCAAUGAGGAUCGCUCCAGGCCCGCAGUUCGCAUCCCGCUCUCCCCGCGCCUGCCGCCGGCGGCGCUCGGCAACGCCACCAUCUGCCUAAACAAGAGCGGCAGCGGGUCCGGAUCCGACUUCAUGACCUGGCUCCAAAGCCGGGUGUACGACGAGUGGCAGGACGCCGGCCGUUCGUCGUACUGCUCCCUCACGUUCUGGCGGUCGCUGGAUCUAUCGUACAGUUUUGUUGUGCGCCCGCCGCGCCCGAGCACCACGCCGCCGGUUACCACGAUUCCCGGCGGCGGUUUUGGCGGUGUGUACGGCGGUUAUGGCGGCGGUGGCAUUGCGGUUGGUGGCGGCGGCGGGGCCACGUGUUGCCAGAGCUGCUCGACGCCCGUGUUUUUUGCGUCUCGUGACGUGUUCUACGGCCAAUGCGGCGCCGCCACCAGCAGCGCUUACAGCACCUGCUGGAAGAGCGUGUCCAACUCGGAAUGUGUGAAUGCCGCCAUAUCCGGCUGCGGCUUUGCCUCGUCAUCGCUCUCCGGCUUCGCGUCCAAGAACCCCACAGGCUGCUGCCGCUGCAUCACCAACGUCUACGGCUGGUGCGGCUGCGGCAGGAUUGUCAACUACUGCUGCGCCGCCUAGACAGGCGGCACUACUACUGGUGGGGUGGGAUGGGAGGUGCUCGAUCGUUGGCGGCGGCGGUUGGGGGCAGCGGCAGCUUUGGGCCGCCAGCGGAAGCGGCGGCGGCGGCUUGCUGUGAGUAGUGGCGAUCAAUGGCGAGGAGCGAGAGUCGCACAGCCCGCCCUAACCCGCCCUAACCCGCCCUAGCCCGCCGGCCUAGCCUCGACCCGCCCGAGCCUGCCUACCUACCCGCUGUUGCCGCUGGUGCUGCCGGUGCUGCUGCUGCCGGAGGCGCCACAACUAACCCGCACGGUCAGGACUUGCGCGCUGUGUGGUGUGAAGGAAGCAGGCAGAUGGGUGGAGGUGUAUAGACAUGAGCAGCGAUGGUUGGAACACAUGUUAAUGUUUGGGGGGCCUACAUACCGCGGGGCCCUUACCUGAUCUACGCAUGCAGCAGUUUUCUCACAUUCUUAUUAUUGGAGCGCGAAAACGCGUUCAGUGUCCCAUUCCAGCUAGGGACACGACCACACACACUAGUGCACUUGUUGACAAAGGCACCUGCGGGUGUGGCGCAAUCCUAGCUGCACGCACACAGGGACACUCAUUCAAGCAGAUGCAUCCAGAUGGCCUUUCCCAGGGGUUCCCCUGAGGGUUCCCCUGGUCUUUCUUGCUAUCACUUGCACGCAACGUGCGAUAUGCUCCUCAAUCCUGUUGUUUAUUGCCUUAUAUUCCUUAAUUCGUCUUAUAUGUACGGACAUGAGAUUUCACCUUUUGGCUAGCCGCAAGCAAGUUGGUGGGGCCCUACUGCCCUGUGAAAGAAGAACAACACAUGCCUUCUCAUAGUUCUCCUGGAUUUUCGUCCGUGCACGCACGCAUUGCUGAGCAUUGGUUCUACUGCCUUACGCGCACACGUACACGGUACGGUACGGGUUCACAUGCAUACAUAGGAUACAGAGUACGGCUGGUGACACGGGUGUGGUGACGUACGGUACAGGCUGAAGGCGACGAACAAGAAAAGGUGGCUCUCCCUCGCAAGGGAAAAGUGGGCUGUGCCGCCACGCCACGAAAGUCAAGAUGUCCAUGGACUCGCGAGGUCGCUUCUCGCUCCAGCCGAGUUUUCCCUGCCGCCUAUUUUUCUACAAUAGG